ACAGGUUUCUUUUACCGUUGGAAAUAAUUUUCUCCUAAACACAAAAAGCAUCAACAUGCAAAUAUCUAUCACACUGCAUUAUAUAACUUAGUUUUGUGCCUCGUCUGCAGAAGUCAUUUAAAGCUCCAAAUCGGUACAAUGUGUAUCAACAUGUAGGACAUAUACCUUCAAUAUAAACAUUUAUUUCUCCACAAACUUCCUCAAGAUAAAAGCUGCAAGACCAGCUCAGCCCCUCCCUGUGCCGAGGAAUGUGAGACGCCCUUUAGAUUUUCCUUGUCGGAGACUUUUUACUUUCAUUUCUCUCUUCUGCUGUCAGCGAUGGCGUCUGCUGAUCAGAGACAGGAGCUGGACUGUUCCAUCUGUCUGACCACAUAUACAGAUCCUGUAAACCUGAGAUGUGGCCACAACUUCUGCCGGGUCUGUAUUGAUCGUGUGUUGGAUACACAGGGGGGGUCUGGAGGAUAUUCCUGUCCUGAGUGCAGAGAAGAGUUCCGGGAUCGGCCUGCACUGCACAGGAACAUAACACUACGUAACAUAGUGGAGACUUUCCGAUCUACUCAGCUGGAAGAAGGGAAGACUGGAAUCUUCUGUACUUAUUGCUAUCACUCUCCUGUACCUGCUGUUAGAUCCUGUCUGCAUUGUGAAGCUUCUCUGUGUGAUAAUCACCUGAGAGUCCACAGCAAGGCACCAGAACAUGUCCUAACUGAUCCCACCACUUCCAUGGAGAACAGAAAAUGCUCCAUCCAUAGGAAACUUAUUGAAUAUUACUGCACUGAGGACUCUGCCUGUAUCUGUGUGACCUGCAGGCUGGAUGGAGAACACCGGGGACACAAGGUGGAGACUCUGGAUGAGGCCUCUGAGAAUAAAAAACAGAAACUGAGAAAUGUUCUUCAGAAACUGAUGACAGAGAGAGAGGAGACAGAGAAAAGAGUCCAGAGUCUGCAGGAUCGCAGGAGGAAAGUACAAGAAAAAUCAGAGAGAGUCACUGCCCUGUUCAUAGAGCUCAGGAGACAUCUGGAGGACCUGGAGGAGAGAGUCCGGAGGAACAUCUCCAGCCAGGAAGAGCGGAUCUCAUUGUCUGAUCUGAUCCAUCAGCUGGAAAUAAAGAAGGAGGAUCUGUCCAGGAAGAUGGAGGACAUUGAGGAGCUGUGUAACAUGACUGACCCACUGACUGAGAGACAUGAUAGACUCCUCCAUGAUGGAGGGGAUCUGGGUGUGUCUGGAAUCUCACACACAUUACACACGGGGUUAUCUUAUAUGAUAAAAGAGGUAAAUGUAUUCUUCAAUAUACAGGAAGCUUCAGACAUAUUAUUGGAUGUGAACACAGCUUAUAAUAAUCUACAGAUAUCAGAUGACAUGAAAACUGUAUCCUGGUCAGAUAUAAAGCAGAAUCGUCCAGAAACACCGGAGAGAUUUCAGAGGUGGUCCCAGGUAUUAAGCAGUCAGAGAUUUUCCUCGGGGCGACAUUACUGGGAAGUGGAUGUCAGAGAGUCAGAACAUUGCAGAGUCGGGAUGUGUUAUCCCAGUAUAGAGAGGAGAGAAUGGCAGUCAGGGAUUGGAUAUAAUAAGAAGUCCUGGGGUUUGUGGAGGUCUAGAGGUGAGUGUUCUCUAAUACAUGACAAUAAAGAGAUCAUCAUAUCUCCCGAUCUCUCCAGUAACAGAGUCAGGAUCUAUGUGGAUUAUGAGGACGGGGAGCUGUCCUUUUAUGAUCUGUGUGACCCGAUCAGACACCUCCACACCUUCACCACCACCUUCACUGAGCCCCUCCAUGUUGGGUUAUGUGUAGGAAAAGGUUCUAUAACAAUAUCUGGGGGUGAGGGGCGACGUGAGAAAUAAUAAUAUAACAGAAAAUCUGCCCAAAUCUGCUGACAUCACAGAAAUAUGAAUCUGAUGAUUUUUAACCAACAGAAUAAUGCAGUAGAUUCAUAUUCCAGAUGUCAUAAAUCUAAAGGUUCCCAACACAACCAAUCACAGCAUUGAGAAAUCUCAGCACAGGGAAGUGUGAUUUAUUCUCUUAUAGUGACAAUAAUAAGAUUUGGGGUUUUCAGGGGUUCAUUAAGGGUUAGUGGUUAUGAUAAGACUAGGAGAUAUUAUCAUUGAUUUAUGAUUUGAAUGAUUAUUCAAAAUUUUCGUAAAAUUUAAUAUACAAUAUUGCAGCUUGCCAAUACUUAGAUGUGCUGACUGCAUUAGUUUUCUUUUUUCAGACGUCUUUUAUUCUUUUCUAUUUUUACCUAGAGAUCCUGCCAGUAACACACUUCCUUCCUGGGGUGUCACCACUCACUCAUAGUACUGCACACUGUAGAUUUUGAGGUACUGUCGCUUUUUGGCGCUGUUUCACGAGCGUACGCAGUUUUAAAGUGUGACACGUUGGGUAUCUAUUCACUCAGCAUAACAUCAUCUUUUAUAUUUUACCAUAUGGAUAAUAUAUUGUGUUUUA